UUACUCUUUGAGCAAUAUGGCGACUAACGUGAGUGAAAACAUUGGAGUCGGUUUGUUGUGCUGAGAAAGUGUGUGAGCUCCGACAGAUGUGGUCCUUCAGAGCCUAUGUGUGUCCGGAUAAACCUGUCUCAUGGACUUUGUGCUGCUCACCUUCUUUCUGAAUGUUUUACCUCGGACUCAUCUCCCGGAAGCUACAAAGCUAAUGACGCUAGCUUAGCAUGCUAGCUGCUUAGCAACAGUUUGAAGGAAAACAAACAGCGUUUUUUGACGGAGUUUGUUCGGAGGAAAAGUUUCUGUCAUCGUGUGAAAAUGUCUAAAGUCCAAAUGCUGAGAGGGCUGGUGGAGCAGUGACUAACUGCGGCUGCUGAAGAGAUAUUUGGGCUGGUUGAAAGAACGAUAGCAGAGUACGAGGAGGAACUGUGUCGUUCUAAAGAGGAGCACGAGCGCCAACGGAAACGACUGGACGCUGUUUUCAGCCCUCAGCUCCGGCUGCACAGAGCAGAGCUCCCACAGCAACAUGUCUGUAAGGAGGAGGAGGUUCUCUCGGACCAGCAGCUCAACAUGCCAGUUAUAACCUCUGUGGAAUCAGAAGCAAACCGUGACCACCAGCUCCUCUCUCACAACUCUCAUAGAGCUGAGAGCCAAGAUCAGAAAGGAGGCCAGCAUGGAGACUCAGGGUCAACUAGAAAUGCAGAGCCAGAACCAAAGAAGAGACGACGCAAGAGCAGAAGUCACAGCAACAACGUAGACAACACUAACAUGUCAGAGGUUUACCCUAAUACUCAAACAGACGUCCAGAAGCUGUCGGGGGUUAAAGCAGAGGUUCCCCCUGAGCAGCAGGGGUGGAGCUCCAGUCUGGACCAGGAGGACCCAGACCCCCACACACAUAAAGAGGAACAGCAGCAGCUCUGGACCAGUCGGGAGGAAGAGCAGCUUCAAGGGCUGGAGGAGGCUGAUAUCAAGUUCCCGUUAACUUCUAUCCCUGAGAAGAGUGAAGAAGAUGAUGAAGAGAAAGCUCAGUCCUCACAGCUUCAUGAAAGCCAAACUGAGGAGAACAGAGAAGCAGAGAGAACAGGAGCUGAUGGAGAGGACUGUGGAGGACAAGAACCAGCCAGGAACUCAGAUCCAGAUAGUCCUUUACAACCAGCUACUCAUGACAAGACUUCAGACUCCCCUGAAUCUGAUGAUAGUGCAGAAUGGGAGGAGACUAGGGAACCUCAGACAGGUUUAAACCUUCUGCCAAACAAUGAAGAACCUGUAAGUGAUGUUGGAUGUAACACUGGAAACACAUCAGUUAGCUCCUCUGAAUGUAAAGGAAGCUUUGGCCGCAAAAAACAUCUGCAGAAACACUCUGGAGUCCAAACACAAGAGAAACCAUUUAGUUGCUCAGUUUGUGGUAAAAGAUAUCUUCGGAAGAAAACCUUAAUGACUCACAUGAAACUUUAUUCAAAAGAAAAAUGUUCCACCUGCUCAGUUUGCAAAGCAAGUUUCUGUCAGCCUGGCAAUUGGUUGUACACAUGA